AUGCUUGAACUGCCAACCAACCGCCAACUUUACCUCCCCUCGAUGCAAGGCGAGAAUUUUGAACAGUUUGUCAUCUUGCUGGGUUAUCGCUAUCAUCCCGCCAUCAUUUGUUGGGGUUGCAAAUUGAGGUGGAUCCCAUAUGGGAUACACUUUUCCUUUGCCAAUCCAUUCCAACUCAUCCAGGGGUGCUGGAUUGUCAAGAUUAAUGAACACUUGACUGGUUGUGUUUGUCAUAUCUUCGUUUGUUUGAACCAGGCCAAUACCUGCAGUGGUCAUGCCAGGGAUGAAUUUAUACACAAGCAUUUCAAUGGAAGGAGAGACCCAAACAAAAAGGCCAAGCGAUGGCUAAUGACAUGCAAGUACUGCCCCAGUGACGUGGCAAAGGAGAUUGUCCACCGUGAUUCAUGCUGCUUGAAGCACAUUGGAAAAACAAACAGAGAGGACAGUUGCAAAAAUGUACCUGCAGAGGUCCGGUUGGAAGCAGCGUGCUUGUUGAUGAGGAAGGGCGGAAUUGAGGAGAUCCAGGUUUCAGACGGGGAAAGUGAUGUGGUAGAGAUCGUGGACAGAUCUGCUGAGAAGAAGAAGAAGGUUAAUUCGGGAGAGGCAGUGGCAGUGAAACACCCAAUUGAGGCAUUUCUUGAUCAGUCAUUGAGUGUUGAGGAGAUGGAUAAAGCUAAUCUACGCAUACUGAGCCAUCUUAUUUCCCUGCAUCUCAAUAUGGAGCAACUUCUCCUGGCUGAAGAAGCACGUGCGUUUGCUGAGGAUGUUCAGCGGCUGGAGGGACGGAAUAAUCUCACGUACUUGAUGGAUGGAUGGGAAGACAGCUGUCGGUCUGUCACAGUGUGCAAUAAGCCCAACAAAGGUACCACCACAUUCAUCUGCUACCAGGCUCUUGUAGACAGUUUACUUAUUCAUUAG